AUGUCAUCAGAGAAUCUUAACAAAUCCAAAUGCAUAAUCUGCUUAGAAGAGAGCAAAUACGUUGGAUACUACGACUGUAGUCACUGGGUAUGUGGAAGAUGUGGUAUAAAAAUGGUACACUUAUUUAAAGAUCUCAAGUGCAGUCAGUGCAAUAGAAUGAGUGAUAAAAUAGUGAUAUCCAAGAAUAAUUCAACAAAAUACAGUCAGGAGAGUGCAAUCAAGUACUUAUUUUACACGAAUCAAGAGAUAGGGAAAUACAUAAAUGACCUAAUAACAAUACGAUGCAAAAUAUGCGAUAACAAGAGCAAUGAGACGUACACGAGCUAUUCCAACCUGUAUAAGCACCUAAAAAAACACGAGAACACGUAUGCAUGUAAAACAUGUCUCCUUAGGGAAUUUGAAUUAUGGGAUGAAAUCACAGUCUACAAGAAAUACGAGGAGUUUAAGGUCCAUAGAAGUUUAGAACACGUGUUCUGCAUCUUCUGCAAUAUCUGGUGCUUUGAUAACAAGGAAGCCAAGAUGCAUUGCUCAAAAAAGCACCAUGUUUGUCACAUUUUGGGGAAAAUCCACGUUUAUUUUGAAGACUAUCCAUCACUAGAAAGACACUUUAAAUCAGAACACUACUGUUGUACAGAGGAGCUGUGUAUCAAAAGCCACUGCUACGCAUUUGCACACAAAAGCGAGUUAUGGGCUCAUUGCUUCAAGAUACACAACAUCAAAAAGGACCUGGAGGAGUUUAAACUGAAAAAGUAUCUGGGAAUUGAGAAAAGAAUGGAUUUGGAUAAGAAUGAGGUGAGCGAGGUGAGCAGCAAACAGUUAGAGAAGCUGUUGAAGAACAUUGACGUGAAACCAAGGCUAUUGAAUCCAGUAAUAGGAAAUCAAAAUGGUAUCAAUUUCAAAUCAGAGAGUAAUUUGAACAUGAAAAUGGUGGAAAACCUGACAAAAAACAUUGUGGAGAUGCAAAGACAAAGAAUAAGCAGCGUUGGGCUGACUGAAACAUCAAAAGUGGUACAAAACAACUACAAUAAUAUAGAAAAGACCAGAAAUGAACUGGAGGAGCUGUUUGGGGGACUGUUUCCUAAUGCAGAGAAGACAGAUCGUAUGAUGAUGGUCUAUUCGUUGCUCAGUGUGCUAUACAGAAGCAAAGAGACGUCAUUUCUAGCAAAAUACCUGGAGGAAAUCAAAUAUACGAAGUUCGAAGUCAAAGAAACCAAAAAAGAGGAGCUGCCUGUCAGGAAAAAGAUGUUCAAAGUCUUUGAUUUGAGCAAAUUGAAGAAGAAGUAA